AUGUCUCUCCCUGAUGGCUACAGUACCAACGUCGGCACCAAGGGAAUCGCUCUGUCAGGAGGGCAAAAACAACGAAUAUCGAUAGCUCGUGCGCUCAUCCGCAAUCCCAAGAUCCUCCUUCUUGAUGAGGCUACAUCAAGCCUAGAUUCCGAAAGCGAGAAACUGGUACAAGCAGCAUUUGAAAGAGCGGCAACUGGUAGAACAAUGGUUGUGGUAGCCCAUCGACUGGCUACAGUGCAGAAUGCAGAUGUGAUAUUUGUGCUGGGGGAAGGAAGUGUGUUAGAGGUAGGAGAUCAUGCGGCAUUAUUGAGGAAGAAAGGCAUUUAUUAUCAAAUGCUAUUUUCAUGCUUUCUCAUAGGACAAGUUUUUGAAGGGUAUUCUUUUGUACCGCACAGAGUAGCUGAUAUUAUGAUACCAGUAUUGGGAGGUGAUUUUUGUUUGAUUGGUGUUGAAAUUGAGUGGUACCGUGCACUCCGUAACUGCACGAAGGAGGAGCUCUGA